AUGUUGCCAAUUGCUUUAGUAACUUUAAUUUCGUUUUUAUUAGAAGUAUGUACUACAACACCCGUAUACAAUAUGCAACCAGCUUUCAUAACGAAUACAGUGGGUUCGACAACCGGUAGAAAUAUAAGAAAUUUGCCAUGUAUAUCGAGAAGAAAUAGUAACCAAAGUGGAUAUUGUAUGUUUGCCAUAGACUGUUUAAAAGCGAACGGUACUCAUUUAGGUACAUGUAUAGACGGGUUCUAUUUCGGAUCUUGUUGUCAUAUAGAACCCGUCCACGACGUCGUUAGCAACACUAUAGACACGGACAUAAUCCCGCACAGGGAACCACCCUUUAGAAUAACGAGUACUACUACGAAAACAAUCGAAUCCGUUCCACAACAAACUACAACGAUAAAAAUCGAUGUUGAUUCAACUAGUACUACCAUAAAUACACCAACUAUUGUAGUAACAACACCUAAAACAGCUACUAUCACAACUAGCGCGCCUACAACUACUUCCGAUAAAUUUCAAAUAGUACAAGACAGUAAGACCACCAAAGCACCAUUUAUUACCGAAAGUACUACUGAUACAAGUACUAAAGCUCCUGUUUUGGUAACAAAAACACCAUCGACAAAAAUUCCGCCUACAUCUACUACUAUCAAAUCUUCAAGCACCCCUACGAAACCUUCUACUGUAGUUUCAACGGAAAAGACUGAAAAACCGACUUCCGCUAGACCUUCAAACCCAGAUUCUACUUCGAAACCGACGAAGGUGACUCAAAAACCAACCAAGACUCCAACACGUAUAUCGACUACUACAAAAAAAUCUCCAACAACGACAAAAACAACACCAGCCACUAAGCCAACGAAAUAUGCGAGUUCUUCAAGCAAACCCACUAAAAGGGUUACAACAACGACAGUGAAAAGUACAACGAAAAAAAUAUCAACAACAGCGAAACUUACGAAAAAACCAACGACGACGACGUCUUCUACGACACCAAAAGCUCAAACGACGCUAUCUCAUGUAACUUCAGGUGAUAUUACAGCAGGAAAUGUGGGAAUCGUUAGUGGGAACGUAGCAACAAACGAAAUAGAUGAUACGCAAGAUCAAAAUAAUGUUCAAGGAUCAAGUCCAGCAACAACAAAUAAACCUGGACUAGUGACGUGGACUAUUCCUGAUAUUAAUAAUGUUACUGCUCCUUCGACGUUACCAGAUUUCAAUGUAACUACUGAGGGAUGGGUUCCGAUAGCUACACCAGAUGGUUGGGUAUUACUACCAAGCGUUUCAUCGAAUUAUACGACAUCUUCACCUUUGAACCAAACAUCAACGGAAAGUACUCCAAAACCUAGCAGUUCAACUACGAUGUCUCCAAUCACUUUACCUACACCUUUUGAUAAGCCUACAGUGAGCACAACUAGCAAGGUAUCAUCCACUGUUUCUACUUCAAUAAUCGAUGGGGGUGCGGGGGUUGUUUCAACCAGCGAAACGGCAGUUGAAGGUUCUUCAAUCAUCAAUCAACUUACAACAGAAUCUUUUGAUAAACCUGUGAAUAUGUCGGAUUUCACUGAUGUAUGUGGGAGGCGAAUGUUUCCAGAAGCUAGAAUUGUGGGUGGAGAGAAAUCUUCCUUUGGAAAAUGGCCGUGGCAGAUUUCUUUGCGACAAUGGAGAACAUCUACGUAUCUUCAUAAAUGCGGUGCUGCUUUGUUAAACGAAAAUUGGGCAAUAACUGCUGCGCAUUGUGUAGACAACGUUGCUCCAAGUGAUCUUCUACUGCGUUUGGGCGAGCACGAUCUUUCCACUGAAUCGGAACCGUAUUUACACCAAGAACGCCGAGUUCAGAUAGUCGCUUCUCAUCCCCAAUUCGAUCCGCGUACCUUCGAAUACGAUUUGGCCCUGUUGAGAUUUUACGAACCGAUAAACUUCCAACCGAAUAUCCUUCCGGUUUGUGUCCCACAAACUGAUGAGAAUUUCGUUGGAAAAACGGCGUACGUUACGGGAUGGGGAAGGUUGUAUGAAGAUGGUCCUCUGCCAAGUAUCCUCCAAGAAGUAUCUGUACCUGUUAUAAACAACACGGUAUGCGAAUCCAUGUAUAGAGCCGCCGGUUACAUCGAGCUCAUCCCGCACAUUUUCAUCUGUGCAGGUUGGAAACGAGGCGGCUUCGAUUCCUGCGAAGGGGAUUCCGGGGGACCGAUGGUCAUACAAAGGAAAGACAAUCGAUUCCUACUCGCCGGUGUUAUUUCAUGGGGUAUCGGUUGCGCGGAGCCCAAUCAACCGGGUGUUUAUACCAGGAUAAGCGAAUUUAGGGAUUGGAUUAAUCAAAUAUUGCAAUUUUAA